AUGGCAGAUCAGCGCAAGGCAGGCUUCAAGGAAGACGACAAGGUCAACAUGAGGGUGAGCAAACGUGUGAUGAUCGACGGAACAGAGGUGACGCGUGUCGAAUUCGAUGCGUUCACCGUUUCUGAGCGUCGUUAUCACCAGAGUCGAUGGCAGUACAAGUUGAAGGACAGGAAAGGCCUGCUGUACAGUGAAGGUGAAAACUGGUUUUCGGAGAACAAGCUCAAGCCGACAUGA